GAUGCUAGUACACAUAGGGAAGCAUUAUUGCUGCUUAAGGAAAGCUCCAAUGAUUUGAUAUAUAAACACAAAGUUAUGAAACAAGCAUUCUCUUCUUCAGCGGACAAUCGUAGUUUUAGUCAGAGCAAAUUGAACAUUGAAAAUUAUUUACUA